AUGGCAACAACCACAUCUCCGGUGUUGGUAACGGGGGCAGCGGGUCGAGUCGGCAGUGUUGGAAGGCGUGUCGUUGAAAUCCUGCGAAAGUCGGGUCAACCAGUUCGCGCGUUGGUCCGUCGCGAUGAUGAACGCGCAGAAUAUCUUCGCGGCCUUGGUGCUGAAGUGAUCAUCGCCGAUCUUAGGAAGUCAGAACAGGUCGCACCAGUUGUCGAGGGAUGUAGGCUCGUGUUCUUUAGCACGAGUGUUGCCUCUGAUUAUCUGAUGGCCUCGGUGGUCAUGACGGCAGCUGCAAGAGCCAAUGCCGGGAUUGAGCUUCUAGUCAACCUUUCUCAAAUGACAGUUUCGAGAAUGGACCUAACAAAGGUUACCGAUUCACCCCAGCAAAGGGUUCAUUGGCUAGCUGAACAGGCACUCAACUGGUCUGGAGUCCCCGUGGCACACUUACGUCCUACCGUGUUUCAGGAGAGCCCUUUUUUCUGGGGACUACCCGCCAAGUCUAUUGCAGACGCUGGCAUAAUCGCCCUACCGUUCGGACGAAGCCACACCAAUCCAGUGGCCGCCAAUGAUGUUGGAGAAGUCGCCGCCGCAAUGCUACUAGAGCCAUCCAAGUACGUUGGAAAGACAGUUGAGUUGACUGGACCGCGAUCCGCCAGCAUGUACGACCUUGUUGAGGAGUAUUCCUCAGCGCUAGGUCAUCCUGUACGUUACAUCGAGGUUCCCUUAGAGAGUUGGUUGGAGGAAUCCCGCAUGCAAGGUCGUCUUCCCGAACACGUUUUGCAGCAUGUAACAACGAUGGCUAAGCUUCACACAAUGGGGGAAUACGAUCGAAUAACAGAUGCAGUAUUAGAGAUACUUGGUCGUCCAGCUGCAAGCAUAUCGGAGACAAUAAAGGCUGGUCAUAUUCCCUUCGCACCUUUAUCCUUGUAG